AUGGUCCAGAGGGAUGAUUAUAGAGGAGGCACCGCAAGUGCAUUUGCAAUAAGAGAGGGGGUCGGCAGCGGCGGAAAGGAUGAGAAAGAAACUAAAGCCCAGGAAGAGGUGAAGCAGGAGGGUGGUGGUGGUAGUAAUAGCGGUGAUGAUGAUAGUGGUGGUGGUGGUGGUGGUGGUGGUGGUGGGGGGGAAGCUAGAGCUAGGGAAGCUGCCGCUGAUGGAGCUGUUGGAUGUGGAAGAGUAGUGUUCUGUUAA